AUGGAUGCCUGCUUGAAUCUCGUCGGAAUCCGUUCAUUAGAAGCAAGUACAUCUGAAGAGAUCCGGGAGGAAGAUGAAAACAACAGUUGGGGGUUGAAGUGCAAGAGUAAGAGCAAGUUUAUUGCAUGCAGUGCUUCGACGCUGACGACGAGUGCGUCCAUCGUCAACGACGCCCCCGGAACAGGGCCGACGGAAAAAACAGACGUCGCUUCCGAAAAGGAAUUAACUGCCCCGAGUCGGACAAUUGACGAAAUAGGCGAGGUACCAGCAGAUAAAUUGGCUCUUGCACGGGAACAAAAGGCAUUCGGGAUAAGUCAUAAACUCAACAGUGGUAUAGUCAAAUCCGUAGUUAAUUUGGUAGACAACGCUGUUGUUGCUCCAAUUAGCACCCAAAUAAAAAAAAACGAUGCGGUGUCGAUUGGACCCUUGACCCGUUUCCGGUGGGAAUAUAGGGUGCUCGUCAAAACUUGA